AGUACAUAGGUAAAUUUAUCACAUCAAAACCAGCAGCAUCUUUUUAUGUUAAAAUUAAAACCAUAGCAGUUUUAUCGAAAUAAUAAAUAUUUGAUACCUACGAGAAACAACCACCGAUGGUGACAUUUUCCGUUGGUGGCUGCGACGACGGUGAAGGACCUAGCAACCCAAAUCAGAAGCGUCGAAGGGUCGACGCCGGUGAAGAAGUCGCAGCAGCAACAACUACAAGAGAAGAAGAAGAAGAAGAAGAAAAUCAACAACCUCAAGAAGGGUUUGAAAUGGAAAAUCCCCCAAUUGAAACCCUAGAAAAUGAUGCAAAUGAAAGAAAUUCGGUUGGAUCCAACGCGGGACAACAGAAUAAUGAUCUGAGUAAGAAGGUUUCUGCUAUCAUUUCUGAUCCUGAUGUUCUUGAUUGCUUCAUUUGCUCUGAACCGUUGGCAGUUCCUAUUUAUCAGUGUGAGAAUGGGCAUAUUGCUUGCUCUAAAUGUUGUGGCGAACUUAGGAACAAAUGUCCUAUGUGUUCAAUGCCCAUUGGGUACAAUCGUUGUCGGGCUGUGGAGAAGUUGCUGGAAUCUAUUAAAAUAUCAUGCCCAAAUGCAAAAUAUGGCUGCAAAGAUAUGUUUAGUUGCAGUAUGAAAAGUAGCCACGAGAAGGAAUGCAUAUAUAUACCAUGUAAAUGCCCACAUACAGGCUGCGGUUUUCUUGCCUCAUCCAAGGAGUUAGCUCUCCACUUCAGCCACAGACAUGCAGGCUUUGGAAUACAGUUUACCUAUGACAAAUUUAUUUCUGUCUCCUUAAAUACCCGACAGAAACAAAUCGUUCUUCUAGAUCAAAAUGACGCAAGAUUGUUUAUUGUUCACAACCACAUUGUUCAACACGGAAAUAUGGUCCAUAUUAGUUGCAUGGGCCCCAAAGCAAUUACAGAUACUCAUUAUGAUGUCUUGGCUAGGUCUCAAGGGAGCACAUUAAUAUUGCAAUCUUCUACGAAGACCAUUCAAGACAAUAAUGGUGAUGCUCCUACAGCUGGAUUUCUUGUGAUACCUUCAGAUCAUUUUGGUUUUGGACAACUCAAAUUGGAUAUUCGUAUAAAGUCUCACUAACCCUUCGUUAAAGAUUGAAGCAGUCUACAACUUAGUUGAUUGCUAUAUGUAUUUACUUCAUUUAGGAGUUUAUCAUAUUGAACUAUUUACUACUCCAUGUGGGCACAAUUGAAUUUGACUGUUCUCAAGAAAGGUGCCUUCAUUGAGUAGGAGAUGAAAAAUGCUUUUGUUAAUGUUUGGGAUUAUGGUUUCAAAAUUAUCCUAUAAAUAUGUAGUAUGUUAAAAACUUAAAUUUGUUGGAGCCUCAGUGACAAUUAUUUUAGUUUAUUUAUGUGCUUUUUUAUAUACA